UAAAUAGGGAGACGGUGUGUUGUAGUGUGGUGUUUGUCGUUGCUUGGUUCUGUUCUUCCUGCCUGUCUGUUGCGCUGUGAGAAGAAACGCUCGUUUGUCUGUUUGUCUGUCUGCGUCUGUAGGUACUCUACUGUACGCUUCCGCGCCUACCCGUUGCUAGUGUUUUAGAGUUGGAUGGUUGGAUUAGGCUCCGCGUGCUGCCGCGCGUGCGAGUAUAUACACAGCGGGCGACGUCGCUGGCAUGGGCUGCGACGACGACUUGCAAGGGAAAACAUCUACGACGAGACGAGAAGGUGUACGGGUACACGGUUUCUGUCCCUAGAUUCCACCACCACCACCACCAACACUAUACCAACUGCAAACACAAACAAAACCACCGAUACCCAGUCACCAUCGCCGCCACCAUCAAAAAUGCACACAAACACACCGCGCCGCACCCCCGCUCUCAGCCUCGCCCGAGCGUCCAUCUCGUUCCGCGGCAACAGCAGCAGCAGCAGCAGCAGACACAGGUCCAAAUCCGCUUUCAGCACUGCUACGAACGACGACGCAGACAUGAUACCCCUGCUCGCGCUGCCGUCUUCCAACGCCAACGCCAACGCCAACGCCAAUGCCAUCGCGAAUUUAAACGCCGUCGUGGUCGCUGCGCCGCCGCCUCAUGCGCAUGCGCCUGAGCUUGGACUUGGCUUUGAACUUGAGGGCGAGAGGCAGGAGGAGAGGGACAUGGACGUGCCGCUGCUGCCGCGGUGGCGGAUCAGUACCAGUACCCGUGGGGGGAGGGGCGUCUUUCGGCGCGUGCUGGAUAGUUUGCGCGCGGAUGUUGCGAUGGCGGAGGCGGAGAAGGAGAAGGAGACGGAGAAGGGCAGGAAUGGGAGGGGCAGGGGCGUGUGCGCUUGUGCGAGAUGUUUUGCUUAGGUUGGGUUGGGUUGGGUUGGGUUAAGAGGGGUUGGUGGUGUUGGGUGCUAGUUCAUCGUCGAUAGUGAAGCUUGGGCUCAGACUUGCUGC